CCAGGGAUUGGCAGAGCCUGGGCAGAGCGAUAGAAGAAGGGUUUGUCAAAUUGGGCAGAAUAGAAAAAUCUGCAGCUACUUGGGCGAAUGCAUGUGUGUGAGUGCAGGCAAAGAGAACGGAUCAGGAAUUUUUCAAAAGACACGGCGAUAGCAGCCGGCGUGUGAUUGGUGAAGAUGUCUGACAAUGGGGACGUCGAGGACAAGCCCCCAGCCCCACCCAUGAGGAACACCAGCACUCUGAUUGGCUCCUGUAGCAAAGAUCCUGCCCCCCAUGGCUCCAAGCCCCUUCCCCCCAACCCAGAGGACAGGAAGAAGAAAGAUCGCUCCAUCAUGUCCAUCCUGACAGGAGGAGGAGACAAGACCAACAAGAAGAAGGAGCGUCCGGAGAUCUCUCUGCCUUCUGAUUUUGAACACACCAUCCACGUGGGCUUCGAUGCAGUCACUGGAGAGUUCACAGGCAUGCCGGAGCAAUGGGCUCGGUUGCUCCAAACCUCUAACAUCACUAAGCUGGAACAGAAGAAGAAUCCUCAGGCUGUCCUUGACGUUCUCAAAUUCUACGACUCCAAGGAGACCAACAACAGCCAGAAAUACAUGAGCUUUACAGACAAGAGUUCAGACAACUAUAGCUGUUCCAACACUUCUAGCUCCAAGGCUGUGUCAGAGACGCCCGCCAUAGCAACCGUAUCUGAAGACGAGGAUGAAGAUGAGGCCACACCCCCUCCUGUUGUCGCUCCCCGACCAGAACACACUAAAUCAAUAUACACUCGUUCUGUGAUAGAUCCCCUCCCAGCCCCUCCCACCAGAGACGUUGCCACGUCGCCUAUCUCCCCCACUUCGGAGGGUGCCACCUCCGCAAUCACGCCCCCCACUAGCCCCUCCCCUGGUCCAUCACUGCCACGGCCCGCAGACAAAACACGCAAGAAGAUGUCUGAUGAAGAGAUACUGGAGAAACUACGGAGUAUAGUCAGUGUGGGAGACCCCAAGAAGAAAUACACGCGCUUCGAGAAGAUUGGACAAGGUGCGUCAGGUACGGUAUAUACAGCCAUAGACAUCGCUACAGGCCAGGAGGUGGCCAUUAAACAGAUGAACCUGCAGCAGCAGCCCAAGAAGGAGCUCAUCAUCAAUGAGAUCCUGGUCAUGAGGGAAAACAAGAACCCCAACAUAGUCAACUACCUGGACAGUUACCUGGUGGGGGAGGAGCUGUGGGUGGUGAUGGAGUAUCUGGCUGGAGGUUCUCUGACUGACGUUGUCACGGAAACCUGUAUGGACGAGGCUCAGAUCGCUGCUGUGUGUCGGGAGUGUCUGCAGGCCUUGGAAUUCCUCCAUUCCAACCAGGUGAUUCAUCGUGACAUCAAGAGUGACAACAUCCUUCUGGGAAUGGACGGAUCAGUGAAACUCACUGACUUUGGGUUCUGUGCCCAGAUCACUCCAGAGCAGAGUAAGAGGAGCACCAUGGUGGGGACUCCCUAUUGGAUGGCUCCAGAGGUGGUGACCAGAAAGGCCUACGGUCCUAAAGUUGACAUCUGGUCUCUAGGCAUCAUGGCUAUAGAGAUGGUGGAGGGAGAACCCCCUUACCUCAACGAGAACCCACUCAGGGCGUUGUAUCUGAUUGCGACCAACGGGACUCCAGAACUUCAGAACCCAGAGAAACUGUCCUCAGUCUUCAGAGACUUCCUCAACUGCUGCCUGGAGAUGGAUGUGGAGAAGAGAGGGAGCGCUAAUGACCUACUACAGCACCAGUUCCUGAAGGUGGCCAAGCCUUUAUCCAGUCUGACUCCUCUCAUCCAGGCAGCCAAAGAAGCAGCUAAGGCUAACCGCUAACCUGCUAGCUGCUAACCCCACAGAUCACCCCUUCAUUCUCUCUCUCUCUCUCUCCUCUGUCGCUCUCCCCCACUGGGGCAAACAAGACCCAGACAGGGGGUGUUUCAGGGGGUCCCAUCCCCCUCAACCCCUUGACCGAUCACGGUGACUGUGGGAAGGACGCUCUUACUGAUGUCAUCGCUGGUACAAAUAUACUGAUCGGAUUGGAGGAGAGAUUCAGGCCCAAAGACUCAUGGGAGUUGUAGUUUCAGCAGGACAGUGGCUGUGGACUGGAUCUUAUCUGACCUUUGAACUGUCUGUUUGUUGAUGUCUGACUGUUAUUUUCAUGUGUUGAAAAAGUGCAUUUUAGUUUGAUCUUUUCUUAUGUGUUUUGUUUUGUGGAGAAGGGUUUGGUUGAAAGUGUAAUGAAGAGACACAAGGUUGUACUAUUGAUAUCAGCUCAGUCCCAAACUGCACCCUAUUCCCUACAUAGUGCACUACUUUUGUCAAAAAUAGGGUGCCAUUUGGGACGGUCUUUCACGUCUGAUCAAACGUUGGAAUUCUAUCUCCUUAUCUCUCCCUCUCUUUCUCUGUCUGGCAGAGUGAGAUGACACGCAUGACAAACCUUUUUUAUGGAAUGUCUAGAAUCAUAAUACAAUAGUGAUGAUAAUGAUGGUACAUGAAGGAUGCCUGUGUACAAUACAGUAUAGAAGAACAUAUCUAAAUCCUAUUUUCCAGUACAAUCGUUGCAGUACAAUGUUGAACUGAUCCUAGUCCCAACCCUCUGAAGAUAGUGUACAUUACAUGUGAAAAAACUGCUCUUAAAGAACCAGAAGAAUAUUGUCUGCAUUCUUUGUUUAGCAACAUGCUUUCUUUAUGCAGAUGGCGCUGAAGAAUACCACCGUACCAUUAAGAAGUAUACUUUCUACCAGGUUUGGCUUUGUUCUGUUUUUAAAAUCUCGUGUUGAAACUGCCUUUGGCCUUAAACUGUCUCACAGGUGGAAGAGUUCCAGCAGACAGUUGAACAAACUCUAGUCUCUCUCACCAGACUCAGUGCUCUGCACGCUCCUGCGGCUGUGAGAAGAGACUACACAACCUUCAAAUCUUGUCAGUUCCCCAGACUACUGUAGCCCACCUGAGGUUAGACAGGUUUAGAACUAGGAUAGACUGGAUUGAACUUGCCCAAACUGGUUUAGACUGGUUCAGAGAAGGGUGGUGUAGUUAUUGAAGUCUUCUCUUCCUGUGUAUUGGAGCCAUAGUUAUGUUUAUCAAAUGAUUGGAUUAUUUUGACUGAGACAAAUAAAGUAAAGAAAACGCUG